GAGAGAGAGAGAAAGAGAGAGAAAGAGCCACAGAACUAAAGAUAUGAUCAGAGAAAGUAUACGUGAUGUGAGAAUGUGACACACCAGAAGCCCUCUAACAGAGUAAAAAAUAGGGAAAGAGCGAGAGAGUGAGUGAAAGAAAGAGACUAUUUUCAGUCUUGCUGUUACUGUGCGUGCACCAACAGCUCCAGGGAAAGAUGAGAUUUGUCUUCUUAUGCCUCUCAUUUGUCCGCUUUUCACACCUUUGGGGAAACCUAAUGCCUUUGGGAGGUAACUACAGCCUGGAGUGUUUGAACGAUUAUCUCUUCACCAUCACCUGUGUGCUAAAUGUGUCCUCUGAUCUGUUGCCCCACGGCGCCACCUCCUGGCUGGAGUUCAACGACAACUACAGGGAGCCCUAUCAGUGUGUGUUAAAAACACAAGCACACUCGUGGGUGUGUGAGCUGGAUUUGACUCUGCUGGUUGAGUACACGUUCACCGACACAGACUUCUUCCAGAUUUCUCUGAACUCCAGUUACCAUGGCAACAGCAGCUCGGCAGUACUGGAGGAGAUCUAUAAACCAGUUAAACACAUUCGUCCCGUUCCUCCCUCGAAUCUGUCCUUGCUAUGGAAGACUGAUCGCGUUGUUUUUCAUUGGCUGAGUGGAUACCAGGAAAACGCAUCGCUCAUACAAAACCUCCAGUACGAACUCAGCAUACACGCUAAUGGCCAGGUCGUUCAUGUCCAUCCAGUGGAUACACAUGUGGUUGUGGAAAUGUCUAGUUUUCUGUCUCACACAAGCUAUAUGGCCUGUGUGCGCUCAGCGCCCAACCAGAUGCAUUACAGAGGAGUUUGGAGUCAUUGGGGGCCUGCUGUACACUGGACAACUAGGGCCGUCUCCAAAGGAGAAACUCUGGACUCGUCUUUCUCCCGCAUUUGGUUCGCUGUGUUCUGUCUACUGCCAGUAUUAUUCCUACUGCUGUCCUACAUCCCAUACUACAGGUGGAAGAAGCAUGUAUUGAUCCCAAGUCCCACUCCAUACAUCAGAGAUUUCAAAAGAUGUGCGAUGCUGCCGGGGAUCGCGAAUGAGCUGCUGCAGGAGGAGGAGUCUCUAAAGAUUGACAGCAUGAUUGAAGAUUCAGACUCCACCCCUUCACCUAGCCCUGUCCACUAUGAGAAGAUGAGAAGUGUGCAUGAUCAAUCUGAGCACCCCUUCAUUACAUCUGCAGCCCCAUUUGUGUCUCCCAGCAUGCUCCUUUCACCUGCAGGGACGGAGAUCAGCUUCAGCAGCUGGCUGGAGGACUUCGCAGCAGCAGAGACGGGCAGUGUGACAUGCAGCGAGGAUUACUGCACACUCUCUCACACUCACACUGAACAGGCGACCAACUAGCGGUACAGCAUAUGAAUUCUACACUCUCUGCUCCUUUUUUGACCUCCUCACUUAUACUCAAUUCUAUUUUGCACUUCAUUGCUAUUAAAAAACAAACAAAAAAAAAAACCAAACAUCUCCAAAAUGUUAACAGGAGAGGUCAAAAACUUUCUUAAAUUUGAAUGUAAGUUAAUGUAAAGAGAUUUUAUUCCAAGCAAGUUUGGAGCAUUUCUAUUGGUCCAUUAAUUGUGAAAUUCUCAUGCAAUUUAAAGGGCAGCUGCUGUGCCCAAAUAAUACAGGA